AUGGGCGCCUUCCUCCCCCGCCGGUGCGUGGGCCAGCUCUGCUUACGAACCACUGAUUCCGGCCGCGGCUGCACUCUCUCCAUUCGCUCCUCUUCUGGUGCCGCCAUGGUAAUUGAUCAACCAGCUGUGUCACUAGAGAUUUCGCUAGAGGUCGGAAGACAAGUUUCAAGAAUGAAGAAAUCAAUCGGUGCGGUUCCUGGAUUAGCAGUAAUCCAUGUUGGGGAGAAAAAGCGUUACGACAAUGAUUAUGACUUCACUUGUAGCUUAGUUGGAAUCAAAGCAUUCCCAGUUCGUCUAGCUGAAGAUUCCUCAGAAGAGGAGGUGUUGAAUUGUGUCUCACGCUUCAACGAUGAUCCUCGUGUCCAUGGAAUCCUUCUUCACUUCCCUCUACCAUGGCAUAUGGAUGAGCACAAGGUACUGAGUGCGGUUAGUAUAGAGAAAGACGUUGACGGAUUUCACCCGGUAAAUAUCGGACGGCUUGCGAUGCGCGGAAGAGAACCCUUGUUCGUCCCGCGUGCUCCUAAAGGGUGUAUCGAGCUGUUACACCGCUACAACCUUGAGAUCAAAGGAAAGAGAGCAGUUGUUAUCGGAAGGGAUCACACAUUCGAUAUGCCAGCUGCUCUGUUACUGCAGAGAGAGGAUGCAACUGUUACCAUUAUCGAUUCAACAACCAAGAACCCUGAAGAAAUUACAAGACAAGCUGAUAUCUUAAUCUCGGCUAUUGGGCAAGCCAACAUGGUCAGAGGAAGCUGGAUAAAGCCAGGCGCAGUCAUCAUCAAUGUUGGGACUAGUCUAUUGAAGGAUCCAGAUGCUCUGCAUGGCUAUCGAGUGGUCGGAGACAUAUGCUAUGAGGAGGUUUGCAAAGUUGCAUCAGCCAUCAAACCUGUUGCUGCUGGUGGCGUAGGAACAAUCACCCUAAGCUUGCUUCUAUCCAACACUUUAACAUCAGCCAAGAGAUUUCACAACUUCAUUUAA